AUCUAUCUUGCGUCUUAUGUGCGCAAAGGUCCGACAAAUGUGUAAACUCUGAUUGGAAGAGCAAGACCGACAAAAGCCCCCACGAUAGCCAAUCAACGCACACACCAAACAAAUACACUCGAAUCAGAUUGGACGGUUGUCACUCUUGGGCUGCUGGCAAUGCUAAAAUAGUCGCAUUCUACGAAAGACCUUUGAAAUUGGAUCACAUAUCGGCACAUCACCACUAGCUUCCUUAAUUAACUCAAAGGUGAGUCAUGUCGUCGGUUUUCUCCAGCACGGACUCUGUAGGCGCCGAGCCCUCCGUCUGCCCCAACGCAGCCAAGCUCAGCAACGCACAAGCCAACGAAGUGGCUGCCAUUUUGAAAGGGGGCUCCAAGGUCAACGGAGAUGCCAUGUUGAACGGCCACAAGCUCUCCAUGAAUGGAUCGGCUCAAGUGAACGAGGACAGUGCUGGCCAUAAGGCCCAGAAUGGGUCGGUCCAUGUGAACGGGCACGAGGGGGAGAACGGUCUAGAGAAGGCAGCCGCAGGCGUGGAGGAGAGGCAGUGGAUCCGUCCUGACUUGCCCAGCAAAUGCACUUGGAAACUGGGCGGGUCUUCCGUAGAGUCCCCUCACUGCCACUCUGAACUGACUGAAGCUCCCAGCAUUCUACCCAACAUCCUCGGGAAGAUCGGAGACACACCGCUGGUCCGCAUGAACAAGAUCCCCAAAGCCUUCGGCCUUAAGUGUGAACUCUUGGCCAAGUGUGAGUUCUUUAACGCAGGGGGCAGUGUGAAGGACCGUAUCAGUCUAAGGAUGGUGGAGGAUGCAGAGAGAAAUGGGAUCCUCAAACCAGGAGACACCAUCAUCGAGCCCACCUCUGGCAACACAGGUAUUGGUCUGGCCCUGGCCUCUGCAGUUAAAGGCUAUCGCUGCAUCAUCGUCAUGCCUGAGAAGAUGAGCAUGGAGAAGGUGGAUGUGCUUAGAGCCUUGGGGGCGGAGAUCGUGCGUACCCCAACCGCCGCCCGCUUUGAUUCACCGGAAUCCCACGUAGGCGUGGCCUGGCGUCUGAAGAAUGAGAUUCCCAACUCUCAUAUCCUGGACCAGUACCGUAACCCUAGCAACCCCCUGGCCCACUACGACACCACUGCCGAGGAGAUCCUGGAGCAGUGUGAUGGUAAGGUGGACAUGUUGGUGGCAGGAGCUGGCACCGGUGGCACCAUCACUGGCAUCGCCCGCAAGCUGAAGGAGAGAUGCCCCAACAUCAAGAUCGUGGGUGUGGACCCUGAGGGUUCUAUACUGGCUGAACCAGAGGAGCUGAACAAAACAGAUAAGACCCAGUACGAGGUGGAGGGCAUCGGAUACGACUUCAUCCCUACUGUACUAGACAGAUCUGUAGUUGACAGGUGGUAUAAGUCCAAUGACGAUGAGUCUUUUGCCAUGUCACGCAUGCUGAUCAGGGAGGAGGGGCUUCUCUGCGGAGGUAGUUCAGGUACGGCCAUGGCUGCAGCAGUUAGAAUGGCCACAGAGCUGAAGGAGGGCCAGCGCUGUGUCGUCAUCCUGCCUGACUCCAUCCGCAACUACAUGUCUAAGUUCCUGAGUGAUAACUGGAUGUGUGAUAAGGGCUUCCUAACCCCAGAAGACCUGAUGGUGUCCAAACCCUGGUGGUGGAACCUGAGUCUGCAGGGUCUGAACCUAUUUUCCCCCCUCACUGUGCUGCCUUCAGUCAACAUCAAGAAGACCAUCAAGAUCCUCAAGGAGAAGGCCUUCGACCAGGCACCCGUCGUUGAUGAGUCCGGCGUGAUCCUAGGGAUGGUUACCCUGGGCAAUAUGUUGUCUUCAGUACUGUCUGGGAAGGUCAAGGCCUCUGACCCUGUCGCCAAGGUGCUUUACAAACAAUUCAAACAGGUGCGACUAACAGAUAACCUGGGUAAGCUGUCCCGUAUCCUGGAGACAGAUCACUUUGCCCUGGUGGUGCAUGAGCAGAUCCAAUACAUGGAGGAUGGCUCGCCCUGUCUUAGACAGAUGGUAUUCGGGGUGGUGACCGCCAUUGACAUACUUAAUUACAUCACCACGCGCGAGCGGACGCUGUCAGAGUGCUCCAUAACGUCAGAGUGCUCGCUGACCGACUAGCUGUGACCACUUCCUGUUUCCUGUGGAGAGGAGGAAGUGACCGCCCACCUGACACCCUCUAAGUAACGACAAUGACGAUGAAGAUGAUGUAGAAGUGGUGGGGUUUGUGGUUUAGUCUUAAAAUAAGUCAAUAUUAAUUUCCUCCCCUUUUGACUACAUUGAUUUUGUUAUUUGUCUGUGAUGAUAAUAAUUAUUCACUGUAGCUUAUACUGUGAUUGAAGCAGCUUAGCUGGUUUCAGAUACAUGGUUUUCCUCUAACUUUAAGGUAUGUAAAUUGCAUGUAACAAACAGUGUGCAACUAGACUGCCUUGCCUCUUCAUUAUCGAAAGUCUUCUACUUUUUAAUCUACUUAAAAAUAAGUGUUCCUCUGACUUGUCAUUUUUAUUGCAGGGGAUACUGAAACAUUACAAUAUCCUCGCUAGACUAACAACUCAGUACAUUUGAAUCUUUCAGUUAAAUAGUCAUCAUACAGCUACCAUUUGUAUUGCAUUGAGAUUUGUAUAUAACUGAUAUGCGAAUGUGAGCUUCAUUUUAAGACUUAAAAGCACAUAAUAGAUUUUUGCUGCUUCUUUGAUACCAAUGAAGUUACAUCGCCAUCUAGUGGCAGCUAAAGACAGGGCAUGGGCCAAAAAAAUUGCUAUUUGGGUUGCUCAGUGUGAAAUGGUUACCAAGAAGAAGCUUUACGUUGACAACAUUCAAAGAGAUAGGAUGUCGGUGAAGAGUACCUGUCUUUUUGUUUGAAGGCUUUGGUAAAGUAACCAAGGUCGCAGGGUAGGUCAGGUUAAGGAUAGGCGAGUUUGGCACACAACCAAACUGCAACCCAAACAGUAGGACUUGUGCUGGGUCAUUUUGUUCUUGUAUUGAAACAAGAUGUAUUGAAUAAGUCUGUAUUGAAUAGUUUGUUGGCUGAGCGUGCACAGUGCAGCUCUUUUAAACAGGCCUGUCUGUCUGGGGCAGCUUGUUUACGCCAAGGCUUGGGUUGUUUGAACUUUGUACCAUUUUUCUGUACUUGUUGACUUCAUGUACAAUCAUUCAUGUGUAAUGUUAUGUAUGACCAUGGACCCAGAGCUGUUCUGAACUAUUUACUUUAGCAGGGAUGUAUUUGUAUGUAUAUAUGUCUUUAGUGUUCUUAAGACAGAUGCUGCAGUAUUUGCGUGAGGUGAUGCAGUUAUGGAGGUGAUAUUUGAACUACGUUCCUGUCUCUUUAUUUCCACCCUGGUUUGUUGUUCAUUUCAUAUUUCUCUUCAUUUCCACCCUGGUUUCAGUUGUUCAUUUCAUAUUUCUCUUCAUUUCCACCCUGGUUUCAGUUGUUCAUUUCAUAUUUCUCUUCAUUUCCACCCUGGUUUCAGUUGUUCAUUUCAUAUUUCUCUUCAUUUCCACCCUGGUUUCAGUUGUUCAUUUCAUAUUUCUCUUCAUUUCCACCCUGGCUCUGGUUUCAGUUGUUCAUUUCAUAUUUCUCUUUAUUUCCACCCUGGCUCUGGUUUCAGUUGUUCAUUUCAUAUUUCUCUUUAUUUCCACCCUGGCUCUGGUUUCAGUUGUUCAUUUCACAUUUCUCUUCAUUUCCACCCUGGCUCUGGUUUCAGUUGUUCAUUUCAUAUUUCUCUUUAUUUCCACCCUGGCUCUGGUUUCAGUUGUUCAUUUCACAUUUCUCUUCAUUUCCACCCUGGCUCUGGUUUCAGUUGUUCAUUUCAUAUUUCUCUUCAUUUCCACCCUGGCUCUGGUUUCAGUUGUUCAUUUCAUAUUUCUCUUCAUUUCCACCCUGGUUUGUUGUUCAUUUCAUAUUUCUCUUUAUUUCCACCCUGGCUCUGGUUUCAGUUGUUCAUUUCAUAUUUCUCUUUAUUUCCACCCUGGUUUCAGUUGUUCAUUUCAUAUUUCUCUUUAUUUCCACCCUGGUUUCAGUUGUUCAUUUCAUAUUUCUCUUUAUUUCCACCCUGGCUCUGGUUUGUUGUUCAUUUCAUAUUUCUCUUUAUUUCCACCCUGGUUUCAGUUGUUCAUUUCAUAUUUCUCUUUAUUUCCACCCUGGUUUCAGUUGUUCAUUUCAUAUUUCUCUUUUUUUUUAUUCAGGUGUUUUUGUGGUGUGAGUACAGUGGGGAGAACAAGUAUUUGAUACACUGGUGAUUUUGCAGAUUUUCCUACUUACAAAGCAUGUAGAGGUCUGUAAUUUGUAUCAUAGGUACACUUCAACUGUGAGAGACUGAAUCUAAAACAAAAAUCCAGAAAAUCACAUUGUAUGAUUUUUAAGUAAUUAAUUUGCAUUUUAUUACAUGUAUAUUAUUACUUUCUUCCAAUAAAGGCUUCUUUUUCUCUUGAA